GACCUUUUCAGGAGACGCAAUCAUUCUGACACGGUGUCAGUCUUGAAGUCUCUAAUAAUUUCACACAUGCAUGUCCAAUAAUCGAAAUAAGAUACCGUGUAGAAGAACUAUAAUCCAUUUAUAAUGGGUAUUAAGUUUUUAGAGUUUGUGAGACCGUUUUGUGCGGUUUUGCCAGAAAUUGCAAAGCCAGAUAGAAAGAUUCAGUUUAGAGAAAAAGUGUUAUGGACAGCCAUCACCCUCUUCAUCUUUUUAGUAUGCUGUCAGAUUCCAUUGUUUGGAAUAAUGUCAUCAGAUUCAGCAGAUCCCUUUUACUGGAUCAGAGUCAUCAUGGCCUCCAACAGAGGUACAUUGAUGGAGUUGGGUAUUACCCCAAUUGUAACAUCAGGUCUGAUCAUGCAGCUUCUGGCUGGAGCCAAGAUCAUUGAAGUGGGUGACACGCCCAAAGACAGAGCUUUAUUUAAUGGAGCAAAUAAGCUGUUUGGCAUGGUGAUCACUAUAGGUCAAGCUAUAGUGUAUGUGAUGACAGGCAUGUACGGAGACCCCGCCGAGAUCGGUGCCGGUGUCUGUCUGCUCAUCAUCAUUCAGCUUUUCGUAGCAGGUUUGAUUGUCUUGCUUCUGGAUGAGCUCCUCCAGAAAGGCUAUGGUCUUGGAUCGGGUAUUUCCCUGUUUAUCGCCACCAACAUCUGCGAGACUAUUGUCUGGAAAGCAUUCAGUCCAGCAACUGUCAACACUGGAAGAGGUACUGAAUUUGAGGGUGCAAUUAUUGCUUUGUUCCACUUGCUUGCCACACGAAAUGACAAAGUUCGAGCCCUUCGGGAAGCUUUCUACAGACAGAAUCUUCCUAAUCUGAUGAAUCUCUUGGCAACAAUUCUAGUGUUUGCUAUAGUCAUAUACUUCCAGGGUUUCCGAGUGGAUCUUCCGAUCAAGUCUGCACGUUACCGUGGCCAGUAUACGUCUUACCCCAUCAAGCUUUUCUACACGUCCAACAUUCCGAUUAUCCUUCAGAGUGCUCUGGUGUCCAAUCUUUACGUUAUAUCACAGAUGUUGGCAACUAAAUUUGGUGGAAACUUCUUUGUCAACUUACUUGGAGUCUGGGCUGAUGUUGGAGGUGGUGGGCCUGCCAGGUCAUACCCUGUAGGAGGUUUAUGCUACUAUCUGUCGCCGCCGGAGACGUUAGGUCACGUCGCAGAGGAUCCUGUGCAUGCAGUUCUAUACAUAAUAUUUAUGUUGGGCUCAUGUGCUUUCUUCUCCAAAACAUGGAUUGAUGUGUCCGGUUCAAGUGCAAAGGAUGUAGCGAAACAGUUGAAGGAACAGCAGAUGGUGAUGAGAGGACACCGAGACAAGUCGAUGAUAAAGGAACUCAACAGAUACAUCCCAACUGCUGCUGCAUUUGGAGGUCUUUGUAUUGGAGCGCUGUCCGUCAUGGCUGAUUUUAUGGGUGCAAUUGGAAGUGGAACUGGAAUAUUAUUGGCGGUCACAAUUAUUUAUCAGUACUUUGAGAUUUUUGUGAAAGAACAGAGCGAAAUGGGAGGAAUGAGCACUCUACUGUUUUAAUUGACGAGACACGACUAACGAAUUGUGCUGUUAUAUCAAAUAAAACAUUUAUUAGUGAUACUGGAUUUAUCUGGAAUCUAAAUUGUAUAGUUUUUGUUUCUGUAGAUUAUUUAUUUUCAAAAAGCCAUUCUCAGACAUGGUUACAUUAAAAAAACAAAAACAUUUUUCAUUGUGACAUAAUACAUUGUGUAUGUAUUUGUUAAUUGAUUUUCCCAUAUUUCAACAAAUUAUUGGUGAAAGAGCAUUAAAAUUAUCCAUCCUGAACAUAGUGAUACCAUAAAUCCAUCAACCAUUUUGUCAGUUUGGUUUUUAUUUUCAUAAAAGGAACUUUUAGUUUACCUCCUGGUAUUUAAACUAGUCUUGUUUCAAACUUGGUUUUGUUUUAAAUAAAGCAAAAUUCAGUAUUUUAAGUCUCAAAAUUUUUGUUAUACAUGUAUAACAUUGUGUGUUUAUAUUGGGGAGGUAUGAAAGCGAGUUUGUGAAUACUCACAAAUUGUCUUAAUAUAUGUGUGUAAAACGAAGUAAAACAUUUAUUUAAA